ACUAAUGUAGUUGGGAAAGCCAUGCGAAGGUUUCUCUGCAACGAAGCACAAAAGUGUCACAAACAUCAUUGUCCCCUUGCAUUUCCAUCACCCGUCGCAUAUAUUACUUCCAUCAAUCAUAUUCAUAAUAUCGGAGACAGUAUUUUGAAUUGGGUCGAUAUUCCUGGGAUUCAGACCCAAGGCGGAACCAAAGCUGGAUUAACCUUAUUUGAGGCCUCUCGUGAAAUCAAACCAAAUUCCUUUACUCUUGUUAACCAAAUUGGACUAGCUAGUGACCUAAACUACCCAUCAUUCGGAGAACAACUCCACAGUUAUGUUUUACGCACAGGCUAUUUUUCCCACAUCCAUGUCUCCACCUCUCUCGUUAAGUUUUAUGUCAAAAUGCACUCUUUUAGUGCCGCACACAAACUGUUUGUUGAAAUUCCUAAACCGAACGUCGUUACUUGGAACACUAUGAUAUCUGGGUAUGUCCAUGCUGGUCAGUUUCGAUACGCUUUGUCUUUCUUCACCGGCCUAGAAAGGUCCCACGUUUGCGCGGACGCAUUCUCGAUUACGUCUGCUUUGUCUGCUUGUUCCCAACUGAGUCUCUUCAAACUGGGAAGCUCAAUUCAUUGCAAGACAGUGAAACUUGGCAUGGCUAAUGGCACUGUGGUUGCAAAUUGCUUGAUUGACAUGUAUGGGAAAUGUGGGUCUGUUGAACAUGGUGUAAGGGUGUUCUAUGAGAUCAUUGACAAGGAUGUUAUUUCUUGGAAUUCAGUCAUAGCAGCAAGCGCUAACAGCGGACACAUUGGACUUGCUUAUAAGUUCUUGCAUCUUAUGCCCAACCCUGAUACUGUUUCCUAUAAUGGGCUCAUAAAUGGGAUUUCUCAGGCGGGGAAAAUGGAAGAUGCUGUUCAGAUUUUGUCAAGCCUUCCUAGUCCAAAUUCGUCUUCUUGGAAUUCUGUAAUUACAGGAUUUGUGAAUAGGAACCGAGCCAGAGAAGCUUUGGAUAUGUUCUGUAAAAUGCACUCAAGAAAUGUAGAAAUGGAUGAGUUCACAUUUUCAAUCAUUUUAGAUGGAAUUGCUGGUCUGUCUGCCUUAACGUGGGGGCUGCUGAUUCAUUGCUGUGCAAUAAAGUGCGGCUUAUUUGCUUCUGUAGUUGUUGGGAGUGCUCUAAUUGACAUGUACUCAAAAUGUGGCCAGGUUAAGAAUGCUGAAUCAAUCUUCCAUGCACUUCCUAACAAGAAUUUAGUGAGCUGGAACGCAAUGAUAUCUGGCUAUGCUCGCAAUGGUGAUUCUGCGCAAGUUAUCCACCUCUUUGAGUUGCUGAAAAUGGUAAGAGAUAUGAAACCUGAUGGUAUCACAUUUCUUAACCUUAUAUCAGCAUGUUCCCAUAAUCGAAUACCAUUUGAGGUUGCUAUUAGUUACUUUGAAUCUAUGAUUGACGCAUAUAAGAUUGCACCAUCCAUUGAGCAUUGUUGUUCAAUGAUACGGCUCAUGGGGCAAAAGGGAGAGUUGUGGAGAGCAGAAAGGAUGAUAUAUGAACUUGGUUUUGAGUCAUAUGGAGUGGUUUGGAGGGCUUUGCUUGGUGCUUGUGGAACUCAAGCAGAUUUACAAGUAGCAGAGAUCGCUGCUGCCAAGGUGAUUGAAUUGGAGAAGGAUGAAGGUUAUGUUUAUGUGGUGAUGUCUAAUAUGUAUGCAUCUUUUGGAAGAUGGGAAGAUGCAAAUGUAACUAGGGGACUCAUGAGUACGAAAAGAGUUAGGAAAGAAGCGGGUUCUAGUUGGAUAGAAAUAGAUGUCGCAUCUUUCUCGGAUUUUCUAAACGAGAGAUGACCAAAAGUUGAGUUGUUUUUACAUUACAAUUGGUGAGAAAACGUGAAAAGGAAAGUUAUUGGAGGAAGAGAGACGUGAAGUAGAGAGUACCUGUUGGUUUUAAUAAACCAAAGGGGUGCUCUUUGCUCGAUUCUCCUAUCAAAAUUCACGAUUCCACUUCCACCCACCCCCCACAAAAGAGUUUACGGAUUUGAAACUAAAAUAUAUAUUUUUUAUUUACCAUUACAUAUGCACAUAUAUUUUUAUAUAAUAUAUACAAGUCACGUUUUUAUGUAUAAAGAUAUUAUUAUAAACAAUAUUUUAUAUCAUUAUUAUACUAUUUUUUAAAGGUGUAUGUGAUGCUAAUUUAGAUUUAUAUAUACGCAAAAUUAUAUUAUAUUUUUACAUAAACCCUGAUAUAUUACUCAACAUCAAUAUACUGUUUUUUUCUUUAUAAAAUUAUUACAAAUUAUUGGGCCUUGAAAUGGACUGGACAAUGUUUCACUGUCUGUGUCAUAAGAAUUGAAAGGGGAUAUAUAUGCCAAUUUCAAAAUUACUAAAUUUCGUCAGACUUUAGUUUAUUCGUUAUCCAUAUUGGCUGAUUGGAGUUUUCCAAAUUUCCAAUCAGGUAUUAUAUAUUAAAAGAUAUUUAGGCAUAUAUUUGUUUUUUUUUAAUUUCAUUUUUAUAUCAACUUGAGUUUAGAGUGUAGACUGUAGAGUGUCUUUUCAGGUAUUACUUUCCGUCUCUAACUACUUGAUCCUCAAUCCUCAUGAACAAUGGAUGAGGAAUAAUUCCUCAUUGUCAAGUUGGACCACUCCAUUGGAUCAGUUUCAUUUGGACCCAAGUAAGAAGAAAGUAGCCUUGGGCGGGAAUGUUAGUUAACAUUGAUACCUAUUACGUAACGUCCAUGUGAUUUAGUUAUAUUUAUACAUAUCUUCGACACAAAGAGAUUCCUUAGUUCCCCCACUGGACAUACACUUAACGGAAUCUUGUUCCAUAUUCUUCAUGGAUUUUCUUAUGUAUUCUCCCAACAUUUUCAAUUUGCCCUUUUUCCAUGGGUCUUGUCCUGCGAUGUUGUUUCAAUCCAAUCAAAAGUGCAUUCCCCUUUCCCUUCUUAAAAGUUGUAUCAUGUAUAUAAAUAUCUAUUGUACCAAAAAUCUAAGACACCACCAUAUAAGAUGAAUCACUUAGGGUUUUGCCCAUGUGAUUGCACUUUACUUUC